AUGUCUGGUACCACCGUUCACGUUUCGGGCAUCGCCCCCUCCACCUCUGAGAAGGAUGUCCGUGACUUCUUCAGCUUCUGCGGCAAGAUCACCUCUCUUUCCAUCACCCCCACUGGCUCUGAGGCCGGCUCUUCCCAGUCCGCCAGCGUCACUUUCGAGAAGGAAGCCGCCGCAAAGACUGCUCUCCUCCUCGACCAGACCCAAUUGGGCUCCUCCUCUGUGCAUGUCGAAGCCGCCCAGAACAUCGACGACAUCGCCGGCGCCCAGGCUACCUCGUCCACCGAGAAGGAAGAUGAGCACGAUAUCGCACAGGAAGACAAGCCCCGCUCCCGUAUCUUCGCCGAGUACCUCGCUCACGGCUACGUUGUCAGCGAUGGCGCAAUCCAGAAGGCCAUCGCCCUGGACCAGAAGCACGGAUUCUCCAACAAGUUCACCUCCGCCCUGACCAACUUCGACAAGAAGUUCAACGCCACCGAGCGCGCUAAGGGUCUGGAUGAGAACUACCAGAUCUCCAACAAGGCUGCUAGUGGCUGGUCCUCGCUGAACCACUACUUCGAGAAGGCCCUCGAGCACCCCACCGGCCAGAAGCUGCGUGAUUUCUACGUGCAGGGUGAUAAGCAGGUUCGCGAUAUCCACAACGAGGCCCGCCGUCUGGCCGAUCUGAAGCUUGGUCGUAGCCAGGAGGGCGAGACUGCCCCCACUGCUACUUCUGCCGAGGGCGCUUCUACCGCCCCUGCUACUGUUCCUGCUUCCGAGGCUGCUGGUGCUGCGGCCCCGGCUGAGCCUAAGGUCUAA